AUGCCCGUCUACCACAUCGUUCUGUUCCGUCUCAAGGAGUCCUACGAGAAAUUCGACCUCGAUAGCUGGCAGACUCAGGUCGAAGGUCUCGUUGGUGUAAUUCCCGGUCUCCGCUACGUCGACGUAGGAGCACCGUUACCAGCGACAGCUUUCAGGGCCAAAGGUUUCAAUGUUUCUCUCGUGGCGGUGCUCGAUGGCCCAGAUGAUGCGCCUGUAUACGCAGAACAUCCCGCCCACGUCAAGAUUACUGAAGACCUGAGACCAAAGCUAUUCGAUGAGGUUGUGGUCUGCGAUAUGGAGUUUAAGGAUAGAUCCUGA